GUAGUAUAAUGGUCCCGCUUACGCUUCCGCCCCUAACCCUAGCCCUAGCCCUAGCCCUAGCCCUAGCCCUAGCCCUAGCCGUAGCCGUAGCCGUAGCCGUAGCCGUAGCCGUAGCCGUAGCCGUAGCCGUAGCCGUAGCCGUAGCCGUAGCCGUAGCCGUAGCCGUAGCCGUAGCCGUAGCCGUAGCCGUAGCCGUAGCCGUAGCCGUAGCCUGUUUCCUAGCCGUGUCCUAGCCGUGCCCUAGCCAUAGCCGCGCAUGCGC